UCUCCCUCGCUGGUGUUUUUGUUUUGGGAAUUCCACAACGUCGCACUUGAGAAAUGGGCGAUAAUAGCAAGGAGGAGGUCUUUGGCAUGGAGCACGACCAGGAUCUGAGCAGCAAGCACUACUCGCGCUGCAGCAGUGCGGGCAGCACCCACACGCCGAACUCCUCGGCGCACAAUUCAGACGACGACGACGAUAGCGGCGAUGCGCGCCACUCGACGGCCGCCAAUUCGAAUUCCACGCUGAGCUACAAGGAGCGGAGGCGGGAGGCGCACACCCAGGCGGAGCAGAAGAGGCGGGAUGCCAUCAAGAAGGGCUACGACAGCCUGCAGGAGCUGGUGCCGCGGUGCCAGCCCAACGAUUCCUCCGGCUACAAGCUGAGCAAGGCUCUCAUCCUGCAGAAAUCCAUCGAGUACAUUGGCUACCUCAAUCAGCAGAAGCUCAAGCAGGAGGACGAGGGAUCCGCGCUGCAGAAGGAAGUGACGGCGCUAAGGAUCAUCAAGAAUGGCUACGAGAACAUGCUGCAGCACCAGCAGGCGAAUCCGGGACCCGAGGAGGCGCGCCUCACCGACGAGGCCAAGUUUCAAGUGUUCCAGGCCAUCAUGGAGGAAAUGUUCGAGACCUUCAAGCACAUACCCAUGGACAACUUCAAGCAGCUGACCACCGGCAUCAUCCCCUGGCUGGAGGAGCACUGCAAGCCGCACAUCCUUCGCAGCAUCCUCAGUCGCACCAUGCAGCAAAUGGCCCAGGAGGCUCUAGAGAAGCAGCAACAGCAGCAGCAGCAAGCCAUGGAACAGGAAACGGGCGAGGGCUUCAGCUGAUUAUCUUUUCUAUCUCAUUUGGUAUUUUAGAAAUCCCCG